UACUCAACUUCGAAUGUGUCCGGAAACGGUGAUAAUACGAUAUUUCGACGCCUAAAAAUGCGAUCAAGUGCUGUAAAAGGUAGCCAGGGAGUUGGGGCAAACGACUAUCAAAUUUCACACGGUUUAUUUUUGGUUUGAUCGCUCCGAAACGACGAAAACAAGAGGCGACGACCGAUGGGGCACCAGUACGAAUCUCUUCGAAAUGAUCUCGUUGACAUGGGCUAUUCGGAGACUUUCGGCGCAGAAUCGGCGUCUUUGAUAGCUAGACUUUUCGCGGAUGUGUGUUCCUACAAAGAGCAAUGUUCCGAUGCGAGGAACAAGCUACGUGCGGUGCUCCAGGAAAAGCAGGAAAAGGACGCUAUGGCUGAAGCCUACCGACAAGCGAACGCCAAAGCGAUCGUGGAAGUGAAUGCUCUGCACCAAAACAUGAUGUAUUUCAAAGAAGAUCAUCUUCGAAAAGUGAAAGAGCUGGAGGGCCUACUUCACAAAGCCGAGGAGCACCGACGCAAGUGCGAGUUUGUGAAGGUGGAGUGCCAGAAGAGGGUCAGUCUCCUGGAAAAAGAAUCGCAGCUCAAGUCCGACAGGAUCCUGCAACUUCAGUCACGGGCAUCGGCGCAAGCCAUCAUACAUGUCACAGAGGCCACGAAGGCCGCUCCAUCGCACCGUGCGCAAGGCAUGGAAGUCACUUCCUUGCUGACGCGGCAGCAAGGGAGCACUGGCGGCGGCCAUGCUACUACACCCAGGCAUCCCAGGGAUGCCCGCGAGAUUGACGUUCUUCGGCUGGCGGACACAAGGAUUCACCAGCUUCAAGACGAACGCCAACAGCUCAAGGAGUCGCUUCACCAGUCGAGGGCCACUCUGGAGCUACUGCAGCAACGGGUGGAGGCGCGAGACAGGGAGAUUGAGCGUCUCUCCAGGCUGCUUCGAGACGGCAUUCCCUACAAAGCGCUCUCGGAGAACGGGAGGUGCAGCUGCAAGCUACAGGAGGAGCCUGCGCCAGACCCGAAGGUCACUCUUCCGGCGGACCAGGCGCCGUGUCCCGAGCUACGGAAGUCCGUGGCGGCACUCAAGCCGGCGAAACACGUCCGUAAAGUCAACUUUGGUCACCUGCAGCGCAAGGCAGAGCCACUCGGCAAGGACCUGAAGCAGACCAAAAACAAGCGCCUUGCAAGCAGUGGCGGCGAAGACGCAUCCUGUGCGGAGAAUGCCAAGUUCCGAGAGGUGCUGGAAGCUCUGCGGCUGGAGAAGAGGACGCUCCAAGAACGGGUGCAGCAGAUGGCCAGCAAUGAACGUGAGCUUCUGCGUGAAAUGGAACGGCUGUGCAAAGAGCAGCACAGGGAUCCGGCUCCGAAAGACCCAGAGUGCGACGGGCUACAGGCUCUAGUCCGUUCCUUGGAGAGGGAAAGAGACCACUACAAGGAGGAGCUGGUACAACUCCACCAAACCCUCGAGUCUGGUAACUUGCGACCCAAGAAUGCAGCCCCGACCUCCACUCGUGGGAUCUCCGAGAGCCAACAGACCCUGCCAAAGGAGCGUCGUCCCGGUCCGGUGCCGACGGAAAACUCGUCGGAAGGACCGCCCUGGCUCCAGGAAGAGGCCACGCGACUGUCCGCGCUGGUGGGAGAACUCUCCGAGCACAGAGACCAGCUCCGGGUCGAAAGGGACAGGCAGGCAAAACAGCUGGCCGCCCUUCAGGAAGAGAUCAGGAAAAGGGACAGAGAGAUGAAGAACACGGAGCUCACCUGCAAGGCCACAGAGGACCACGUUGACAAUCUCCAGGGCAGCAUUCGCGCGAGAGAGCAAGAACUAGCGAGACUGAAGCUUCGGAUCCAAGAGCUGGACGACGACGCCCGAUCCGCACACGCAGAGAUAUUGCGGCUCGUCCGAGAGAACGGUCAGCUGAGAGACAACCUCACCCUCGUCGCUAAAGAGCACCAGAACAUGGCGGCGGACUUGGACAAUGCCGUGCAGCAGCGAGAAGAAUUCAAGAUUCAGAUCCAGGAGUAUGUGACCGAGGUGGCGAGAGUGCAAGAACUCCUCCAGUUGAAGGACCAGGAAAGGACGGACCUGCUCGAGCAGUAUGGGUCUCUGGUGGCAGCCAACGCCGACCUGCGGGCGCAGACGGAACAGAGCCAGGCCAAGCACAGCAACGGCCGAGCAGAGCUUCGACGUCUGCAGGAACAGACGGCUCAGUACGAGGCCACGACGGUCAAACAGGAGGAACGGCUGAAGAUCCUCGAGGCUUCCACGUCUUCGUUGGAGGAAGCCCUUCAGCGCAGCGACGCCGACAGACAAAGGCUGCGCGAAGAGCUGCAGCGGAGCACAGAGCUGCGUUCAAAGCUGGGAGAACAGCUGAAAGAACUACAAAAGCAGCUGGUGGAGGAGCAAGCCACCAACCACUCGAUGUCCGGUCAUCUGCGGAGGCUCGAGGACGACCUCUCCCUCGCUCGCAACGAGGCGGCCACUGCUCGGUCGGACGCUUCCGGCCUGGAGAGCCUUCUCUCGGAGUCGAGAGAGCGCCACUGCCACGCCGACCUCAGUCUCCGACAACUCUCGGUCGAGCUCGACGCCGUCAAGGAGCAGCUACGUCUGGGAGCUGUCAACAGGGAGGCGCAGGCAGAAGAAAACAAUCUCCUCAGGACCAGACUGGCAGAAUUUGAGCAAACGGUGGCGCAGCUCAGGCAGCAACUCGUCAACGAACAAUUCGAAAGGGAGAAGUGCCAAGAGGACUUCAGACGAUGGAAGGAACAGCAGCAGGGUGGACUGCGGGGAAGAUUGACGCUUCAUGGUUUUGCCGGCACUCUGCAGACUAAGCUGAACUUCAGUCCGGAGAACGGAGCACAGCCCCAGUGAUCGGGCAAAAGACCCAGCAUCCACUCCAUUUAGCUCUUCGAGGGACCUCGUCACCUUCGGCAGGAACUUUUAUGAAUACUUUACGUACUUGUGCUGCAUGUUUUAGGACGUUAGUACCUUUGUACAUAAAGAGGAAUGACUGA